UUAGAAGUGACCCAAUGGGGAGUGGAGUAUUAGAAUGGCGAGCUUGCGUAUGACCAUUAUUACCUCGGAUUGGUGCGUGAGCUCGCUUCUCGCUCGAUUCCCUCCUUCCUUUUCUGCUCGUCGCUCCACUCCUCUCAGACCCUUUUCUCUCUCAACUAGAAGCUUGCCAACCUCGUUGGUCAUGGCUAGUUGUGGAUCCAGCUCUAUGAAGGAAGUGCCCCUGGGUAUAGAUCCAGCAAUGGAGGAAACAUAUGCUUCACAGUCUAAGUUACUCAAAGAGUUCACUAGCAUUGCCAGCAUUGACAAGGCAUGGACUUUCAAGCGUGACAGUGGAGGAAAAGGCUCCCAGGCAAUGUUUUCAAUUAGCCAAACAAAUCUACUGGCCAACAAGAGGAGGAAACAAAUUUUAUCCGCUCAUAUCUCAAAAGAAAGUGACCAUUCUGUAAACUUUCAAUGGGCUCCAUUUCCUAUUGAGAUGAUGGGCGUGUCUACAAUGGUUCCAUCACCUUCAGGUUCAAAGCUUCUUGUAGUUCGAAAUCCUGAAAAUGAGUCUCCCACUCAAUUUGAAAUCUGGGGCCCAUCUCAGUUAGAAAAGGAGUUCAACGUCCCUCAAUCUGUUCAUGGCUCAGUAUAUACUGAUGGAUGGUUUGAGGGAAUUUCUUGGAACUCUGAUGAAACUCUAAUUGCUUAUGUUGCUGAAGAGCCAUCUCCCUCCAAGCCCACAUUUGGUGGUUCAGGCUAUAAGAAAGGAGAUUCUGCAGACAAGGAGUCUGGCAGCUGGAAAGGUCUAGGAGAAUGGGAGGAGCAUUGGGGGGAAACUUAUGCUGGGAAAAGGCAGCCUGCACUUUUUGUCAUCAAUAUUGAGAGUGGCGAGGUGCAUGCUGUUGAAGGAAUUAGCAAAUCCUUGAGUAUAGGACAAGUUAUAUGGGCUCCAUUGGCUGAAGGCUUCUCUCAAUAUUUGGUUUUUGUUGGGUGGUCAUCAGAGACAAGGAAGCUUGGCAUUAAGUAUUGCUACAAUCGGCCCUGUGCCUUGUAUGCAGUCAGGGCUCCAUUUUGUGAAUCAAAAGCCAACGAACUUCAGUCCAACAGCAAUGUAAAUGAAGAUUCAACUGUGGUUAAUCUAACUCAAAGCAUUAGUAGUGCUUUCUUUCCAAGGUUCAGCCCAGAUGGAAAGUUUCUUGUGUUUUUAUCUGCAAAAAGUUCUGUGGAUUCUGGGGCACAUUCUGCAACUGAUUCACUUCACAGAAUUGCUUGGCCAACUGAUGGGAAACCAUGCCCAUCUGCAAACAUUGUUGAUGUGAUUCCUGUUAUGAUGUGUGCUGAGGAUGGUUACUUCCCUGGGCUGUAUUGUUCAAGCAUCCUUAGUAACCCAUGGCUUUCUGAUGGAUGCACUAUGAUUUUGUCUUCUGCCUGGCAUAGCACUCAAGUAAUUCUUUCUGUGGAUGUGUUGAGUGGGAAUGUGUCACAUGUCAGCCCUAAUGACUCAGGAUUUUCAUGGAAUGUUCUUACAUUGGAUGGGGAUAAUAUUGUUGCAGUAUGUAGCAGUCCAAUAGACAUUCCUGAAAUGAAGUAUGGUUGGCUUGCUGAGAAGACAACUGCGAGUGAUUCAUGGAGUUGGCUAGAUGUUUCAAAUCCCAUACCCAGAUGCUCUGAGAAGAUUAGAUCCCUGCUCUCAUCUCUUCAAUUCAGCAUAAUGAAGAUUCCAGUCAAGGAUGUUUCUGAUUGCCUCACAAAAGGUUCCCGCAAACCUUUUGAAGCUAUAUUUGUAUCUUCCAACAAGAAGAAUGAUACAUGUGAUCCACUAAUUGUGGUCCUUCAUGGGGGACCGCAUUCUGUCUCAUCGUCAAGCUUUUCAAAGAAUUUGGCAUUUCUCUCUUCACUAGGUUACAGCUUACUAAUCGUAAAUUACAGAGGUUCAUUGGGAUUUGGUGAGGAAGCAUUGCAAUCUCUUCCAGGGAAAAUUGGGUCCCAGGACGUCAAUGAUGUUCUAACAGCAAUAGAUCAUGUCAUUGACAUGGGGCUUUGUGAUCCAUCUAAAAUAGCUGUAGUUGGUGGUUCCCAUGGUGGCUUUCUAACAAGCCACUUGAUUGGUCAGGCACCAGAUAAGUUUGCAGUAGCUGCUGUGAGGAAUCCUGUUUGUAACCUGGCCCUGAUGGUGGGUACAACUGAUAUACCUGAUUGGUGCUUUGUGGAGGCAUAUGGAAGUCAAGGAAAAGAUAGCUUUACUGAAGCACCUUCAGCUGAACAACUGACUCUUCUUCACAGCAAAUCUCCUGUAUCACACAUCCACAAGGUUAAAACACCCACCCUUUUUCUUUUGGGUGCUCAGGAUCUCCGUGUUCCAGUUUCUAAUGGAUUGCACUAUGCAAGGGAAUUAAAAGAAAGGGGAGUUGAGGUCAAAGUGAUAAUAUUCCCCAAUGAUGUUCAUGCGAUUGAACGACCACAGUCAGACUUUGAAAGCUUUCUCAAUAUCGGAGUAUGGUUCAAGAAGUAUUGUGAAUGAGCCAGCUUUUCUCCCAAUGCCCUACUCAGAAGGCAAAUACUUCAAACUACAACACCCACCUUGAAUCAGCUUAAUCAUCUAAAUUUUCUCCUCCAUCUUAUUGAAGUAGUUUGGCUAUGCCCUUUGUAAACCCUCAUUCAAUGAUAAUAACGUUAUCGACUUGAGCCACAGAGGUUUCAUUAAUCAGUGAUUGUUUUGAUGGAAACAGAUGAGAAAAUUACAUGCAACUUGUGUUUAAGUUGAAAGAAAUUUACACUUGAUUCUCAAA